UCUUUUACCCCUCCCCAUCUCUCCUCUCUCCCCCUCCCUUCAUCUACGCCCUUUCCCUCCUCUCUCCCCCCUCCCUUCUUCUACGCCCCAUUUUCCUCUUCUUUAUUUUUUCUUCUUUUACAAAACCUUUUUAAUUCACCAUCAUUGCUCAACUCAGGAAAAUUAGUUCUUUCCCUCACACAUAAUACAACCGUUCCACUUUUAAGACUUCGAGUGCUUAACAACAUGGCAUGCUUGGGAGCUCUUACCAGGGCAAAUAUCUCUAUAAGGAAGUUUGUACCAAAAGUUACAACCAUGAGAAAAUGCUGAAAAGUGAUUGGUCAAAUGAAGAUUUGGAAAAUACUAUAAAGACUUGCUUUGCCGGUUGCAUAUACUGUUUGGAGAAAUAAAGACAUUUGGUUUCUUGCAAAUACAAUUGCAUUAUUGUAAAACUGUAGUAUUUUUUAAUUUAUAUAUUUGGUGUUAUUUCAGACUCUUUUGUAUAAUAGUUGGAUUAAUAAAUGAAAAGUUUGAUCUUUUUUGUUA